AUGUUUGGCGGCAAUGAUAGCUUUGCUGAAAAUUCUAUAUUAGCUCAAUUUGAUGACCUGGAACAAAAACAUAUGCAAAUUUCUGAUCAUAGGACACAUGAUGUGGACGUCACUGCUGAAAAGUUUCACUCAGAAGACAUCAAACGCAAUAAAUUCAGUGUUCUGGCUGAAGGCAACUUGUUGGAAGAAAGAAUAGAUGAUUCACUCCACGACAGCCAGAGUGGGAAUGGAGAGGUCUCUGAGGAAUCGGAAAUUAAUGUUCUGUUUGAUAUGCCUUCUUCUCAGCUUUUCUACUUUGAAAACUUAUACGAUGCUCCAGAUACUCUGGACAAUCAGACUGCUGCCAUAGAGCAGGCCAAGAUCCCUUCCUAUCAGAAGACUGACAAAGAAGAAUUGCCUCAUACUAGCACUGAGCAGCCUCCAAAAAUUAAUGACUCCUCUUCUCAUGCCCAGCCCAGUUCAGAUGUAAAUAGGAGGAAAAGUCUCAAAGAGCGUCUCAAAAGUGCCAUGACUAGCAAUGCCAGGGUCCAAACACCAGCUUUUUCUAAGACUAAACAGCUCAAAGAGACUCUGUUAAAUGAGGAAAUUAAUGUUGCUAAGAAAACAAUUGAAUUGUCAUCAGAUGACCUCGGUCCUUUCUAUUCAUUACCCAGCAAAAAUGGCAGCAUACAUGCUUAACAUUGGAUUCUGUGCAAGAAAGAAAAAAUUUAAUAUAUUCAUUAC